AUGAUGAAGGAGAAAGAGAAAACCAUUGCUAUUGUGAAGGUUAUAGACACUUCAAAGUUAAAACUGCUUUCUGGAAGUAUUUUGGAUGUGUAUAGUGGUGAGCAGGGAAUUUCACCAGUUAAUAUGGGCCUUACAAGUGCUUCUAGUCCAAGUAGUCUACCGAUGAAAAGAGAAAUUACAGAAACUGAUACUCGAGCUUUGGCAAAAGAGAGACAAAAAAAGGACAACCACAACCUCAUUGAAAGAAGAAGAAGGUAUAAUAUUAAUUACCGAAUCAAGGAACUUGGCACUCUUAUUCCAAAGUCUAAUGAUCCUGAUAUGCGCUGGAACAAAGGAACCAUUCUAAAAGCAUCUGUGGAGUACAUCAAGUGGCUACAAAAAGAACAACAGAGAGCUCGAGAAUUAGAACACAGACAGAAGAAAUUAGAGCAGGCUAACAGGCGCCUUCUACUCCGGAUUCAGGAACUAGAAAUACAGGCUCGUGCUCAUGGUCUGCCAACCCUGGCUUCACUUGGCACAGUUGAUUUAGGUGCUCACAUCACCAAACAACAGGCCCAUCUUGAGCAGAAUUCAGUAGACUAUUGCCAACAAUUGGUUCUGUCUCAGGGGACAAGCCCUGAGCUCUGUGAUCAAGCUAUGGCCUUCUCUGAUCCUUUGUCACACUUCACAGAUUUAUCAUUUAGUGCGGCUUUGAAAGAGGAACAAAGAUUGGAUGACAUGCUACUGGAUGACACAAUAUCUCCAUUUGGAACAGAUCCUCUGCUAUCUGCCACUUCCCCUGCAGUUUCCAAAGAGAGCAGUAGGAAAAGUAGCUUUAGCUCAGAUGAUGGUGAUGAGUUAUAA